AUGGCACGGCAAAAUCUCGCCAGAAAAGCACCCGAACCUGCUGUUCGGCGGAAAAGGGCUCUCCCGGGCAUCAGCCGCGAGGAUUCAGACGACGAAUUGGGCAGCGAUGAUUUACCCUGGGACUGGAUCUACAAUGUCGAGGAACCAGACCGAGCCGGCGACGACACGCAGAGCGACCGAAAAAGGAGAAAAGUCACGGGGAACAAGAUCGUUGGAGCUCGAAUGGGUACUUUUGAGUGCCGCAUAGGUGAUACAGUGCUCCUGAAGGCGGAUGGUUCCAAUGAGGCCUGGGUGGCCAUCAUUUGCGAGUUUGUAGAGGACGAUGGGGAAGGGGACAAGGCCGCCAACUUUAUGUGGUUUUCGACAGAGAAAGAAAUUCGGAACAAGGAUAAGAAGCGUAACGAUUUCUACUGGAACGAGCUGUACGUUUCCCCGUCGUGGGAUGUCAACCCUUUGGCAUCAAUCAAUGGCAAGGCCAAGGUAAUGUCGCUGGAGGCAUUUUUAUCCAGACACCCCUCUGGGAAGAUUUCUCGACAGUCGAAAGAUUAUGGCAAGACAUUUGUUUGUCGCCGGGGUUGUGGCACGAGAACAGCAACAUAUACCGAAGAGUUCAUCUGGGAGGAACUCUAUUCUGGUGUUGGCGACAUGUUCAAGCUGAUUGACUUUGUUGAAAAGAACACAAAGGCUACUCGGGGGCGAAGGAAGGCUCGCGAGCAAUCCCCUCAAGAUGCUGCAUAUCUACCGCCACAAACACCAACCAAGGGAUCUCGGUCUACGGUCACUACACCGCAGUCGAAACGGGGAAAUGCAGAGCCAGUGCCUCGGUCCCAAAAGAGGGGACCGGGAAAGAAACUUGAGUUCACACCCUUGGCAACGAGAAAGCUCUCCCCGAGCGCAGUCCAAUCAUCCCCAUUCCAAAUAGCACGAUCUCGCCUUCACGUAUCCUCUGUCCCAACCAGUUUGCCUUGUCGAGAGGGCGAGUUCUCUCUGGUAUACUCGCACCUUGAAGCGGCUAUUACAGAAGGAACCGGAAACUGCAUCUACAUUUCAGGCACCCCUGGCACAGGCAAGACAGCGACCGUCCGAGAGGUCAUUGCGCGUCUCGAGGAUGCAGUCGGCUCAGAUGAGCUAGAUGACUUCAUUUUCGUGGAGAUUAAUGGCAUGAAAAUCACUGAUCCCCACCAAUCGUACACGUUACUCUGGGAAGCGCUGAGAGGACAACGAGCAAGCCCUUCCCAAGCUCUCGAUCUGUUAGAGAGGGAGUUUAACAAUCCUAGUCCUCGACGGGUGCCCUGUGUCGUGUUGAUGGACGAACUCGAUCAGCUGGUAACGAAAAACCAGGCCGUCAUGUACAAUUUCUUCAACUGGCCAACCCUGCGGCACAGUCGCCUCAUUGUUCUUGCUGUAGCAAACACCAUGGAUCUUCCUGAAAGAACACUCAGCAACAAAAUCAGCAGUCGUCUAGGUCUCACGCGUAUCACAUUCCCAGGCUAUACCCACGAACAGCUCAUGAAGAUUAUCCAGUCUCGAUUGGAAGGAGUCCCCGGAAACGUCGUCGACGCGGAUGCUGUGCAAUUCGCAAGCAGAAAGGUAGCCGCCGUCAGCGGAGAUGCCAGAAGAGCACUGGACAUCUGCCGGCGCGCCGUAGAAAUCGCAGAGGGCGACGCACAGGGCGAUCCCAUGACACCCAGUAAGCACGGCGCACAAGAUUCGAUUCGCCGGGGGAAGGUGACCAUUGCGACUGUCAAAAAGGCCAUAAAUGAAGCAACAACGAACCCUGUCCAGCAACACCUACGGGGACUCCCUUUGAUGUCAAAACUCCUCAUGGCAGCCGUCCUCCUUAGAAUACGAAGGACAGGACUAGUGGAAACUACUUUUGGAGAGACUAUAGAUGAAUUACAGCGAGCAACGGCCCAUUCUUCCCCUGCGCUUCCUGGCAUGGCGCAGAUUCUGGAUAGUGGUCUUCAGGGGACACCAGCGGUGGCACAGCGACAUUUGGGAAGACCAAGCUACGUACACACAGCUGCGCUAGACCUCGUUGCAGCAGGGCUGAUAAACCUGGAAGCGCACCGUGCCGAACGGUCCAGCAAACUACGAUUAGCCAUUGCAGAUGAUGAGGUGAAAAUGGCACUUCGCGAUGAUGGAGAGUUGAGGGCCAUGGGGCUGGGUGUAUAA